AUAGGCUAUACUAGAUUUAUAUUUAUUACAUUAUACGUGUUAAUACGCCAUUGCAAGAAAAAAAAAUCAAGUAUAUCGAUCCACAAGGUUUAUUUCUAUCGAGUCAACAUGAAGAUCAUGAUUAUUUUUGCGUCAAUUUUCAUUGUGAAAGCAAUGGCGAACAAAGAAAAACAUACAUUUUUUGAGAUUAAUUUUCCCAUAGCUUUAGGAAUAAUUUCCCAAGACCUUGAAUCAUUGGGCGUAGAACAGAUUUUAAGGGAUGACAAACAAUAUUAUUUUUACCAAGAAAUAUUGAAGUUAGGAACAGACUUAUUAAAAACAAAUGAAAAUGAUAAAGCAGAAGAAAAUUUAGUUAAAAAUUGGGCACAUGAUCUAUGUGUACAAAAAGUGGAAGAUAAGUCUCAAACGAAACUAAAAAAUCUUUUUAAAAAAAUUGAUUUGACAUGUAUAAAUGCUAUAACAAUUAUUGGUAAUACUUUCCGUCAUAUAAUUUUAACACCAAGUAUUGUCAACGUGACUGAAAUAACAAAGUAGAAUAAUGUGCAUUUGCUGACACAUACAAUGAAUAACUGUUAAUUUUUUUAAACAUUUGCUAAGUCAUAGAUCUAAGAGUAAACACUUUGAUCUACAAUAUAUUAUUAUAGUACUUUUCUAGUUUAUACAAAAUUUCAAGUAUUCUGAUGUAGUUUAAUUAAUUACUAAUUUUAAAUUAUUAUCUGUUAAAACAAAUUAUUUUAUUAAUUUUUUUUAAUUUAUGAAAUAAUAAGUUAAAACUGAUUUGAAUCCGCAAUAAUUUAAUGUUACAAUAUAUUCU